GUAAUGCGUCUGACGUCACCGCCUGAUGCAGCUUUGUCUCCGCUCUUUCAGGAACCGAACAGGCCCCGUGUCUCCUCCGCCGCCGCCUCUCCCUGAGUCUGCUGUCUCUGCGCACGGAUGGAGGGCCGAGAGGAGCCUGCGGAUGCUCGGGCCAAAUGACCAGCUCCAUUCCGUCCACGUAGCGGCUAAUGUGAGCGUCCUUCCCCCGUCGUCUCGGAGUUCUUGUCCUGACCCAAACAUGCCGAGCGCACUGGUUCCGCUGCUGGCCCUCGUAUCCGGGCUGUUGUUAGAGGUAAUUGAAGCUAAGAAGUACUGUUGGUACUUUGAAGGAGGAUAUCCCAUCUACUUCAUAUGCCGCUCAUAUGAAGACUGCUGUGGCACUCGCUGCUGUGUGCGGGCCCUGUCCAUUCAGAGGCUCUGGUACUUCUGGCUGCUGCUGAUGAUGGCUGUGCUGUUCUGCUGCGGAGCGGGUUUCUUCAUUCGCAGGAGGAUGUACCCUUCUCCUUUGAGGGAUGAGCCUGCUUUCAAUGUGUCCUUCACCAGACAUCCUGUCAACUCUCCAGUGUCCCAGCAGCCAGGCUCUGUCCACGCCUACAGGAUGAGCGGGGUCCCUGAACCUGUGGUGUACCCGGUCUCCUACCCCCCACCCCCGUCCUACUGCAACCACCCCCCGCCCUCUUAUGAACAAAUAUUCCAAAACAGCGACAAAACGUAACUCCGGCCACAGACUUUUGAACUGAGGGGCUGGAGGAACCCUCUCUCAGAUGAACUGGAGUAUGUUUCAAUGGUUCUGGAGCACCAAACACACAGCAUGACACUGCAAUGAUUUAAAGUAACCGUCCAUGUUUCUAUGAGACCUGAGGGUGAAUCUUGAAAAUGUAUUUAACGGUUAGCUUUGCGAUUCUAUGUUUCCAUUUGAAAAAACGGACCAAAAAAAAUGAUGUGUUCCACCACAAUGUGCAGGUAAGGUUAAAGCUAGAGCACAUAUCACACUUUGUCUCUCCUUUUUACUCUAUGCGCUGUUACAAGAGCAGGCCAUUAAGGUCAUUGCAGUAGGACUUAAGGUAGGACUAGUAUCAAUAAUUGAGUAGCGAUGCUGAAGCGUGGUUGUUUCACUACAUUUGAAGCCAAAGGAAUACUGAUCUUUAAAAAGCAUGGUUCUACAGGAUUUACUCAAAUGUUCUAAUGAAGUUUUCACAUGCUUUGUACAGAUUUUCAGCCUAAAAGUACAAAUUUCCAACACAUAUAUCUACAAAAGACAGGGUAGGCUACAGGAUUUGGUGGCAAAAACAUCUGAGGUGUACUGGCAGAAAUAAUUAAAAAAAAGUAUACACUGGAUUUCUCUGCAUUUUUUAUAACUUCUCUUUAUGAAAAGGCAAGUUUGGUCAUUUCAAAGUAACAUGUAUUUACAAGUUCAGUAUGGAGUAAAUGACUUCACGGUAGUAGCUUGCAACUGUUGCUUGAAAUAGUCCAUUAAAGGCUCUGUACCUGAUUUUUUACAUUCUUAAAAACAUGAAAAACAGUACUAGUUCAUUUUAAACGGUUUGCAGAGUUAUUCCAGUUAUUCCAGAUUUACUUUUUGAAGUCAGGGCAUUGUAAUUUUUCACUGUGAUGAGUUUAUAAGUGUUUUUCACAACUCUCAGAGGCCAGUGCGGUGUUUUGCCAUCACUAUGCUAACAUCAACUAGCAUGCUCAGCACAUACACAGCAUUCUGACCUCAAGAGCUGCAAAUAUCUUUACAGGAAGAAUUUUUUUUCUGAACUACAUGGAAAUAAAUCGUGUGCAGGGCCUUUAAUGAUUUCUUAACUUACCUUAUUCUUGAAUUAGCAAAUUGAAGACAGCUGGAAUUUUAUGCUCAUCGACUUUGAAACCAAUGUCCAUCUUUGCACUUCAGAUUUAUCCUGUACCUGAAUACGUUUUUUGUUGCUUCCUCCUGGACAGAGCCACACCUCCCUCCUUUUUAACAAGUGCUCCUGUGUGUUUUUAAAGUCUACUUUUAGUCUACUUUUAGCUGACCUGUUCAACACUUGGGCAGGAAUAGUUUGGUACCUUCAGAAAAAAGUUUCUAGGAGAGGGAAGGAGGCCACAACUCACCCCACCAAAAAGGAAUGACACUUUAAAUAUCUGUGCCCAGGCAAAGAAUUCAGCCGUUUCUCUGUGGUGGUUUGGUGGACUUCUCAUAGCUUGUGGAGUCGCUGGAUAGCAGGGCUCACGUUUUGCAUGUUGUGUUCUUUGUGCAGACAGUGGACAAAUAUGAUGGGAACUUGUAUUAAGCACAAAUGGAGGUGUGUAUCUGAGGUGUGUGAGAGGCAACCUGCACAGCCACCUGAAGUAAUGCCAGUCCUCCAAAUCAAAUAAAAACUUUUCAUCCCAUAACUUUA